AUGAAGGGAAAGGAAGACAAGAUUGCAGUGCUUGUUGGGACUGUCACUGAUGAUAUUAGGGCUUAUGAAGUCCCAGCUAUGAAGGUAACAGCUUUGAGGUUCACAGAGAGAGCAAGGGCUAGAAUUGAGAAAUCGGGUGGAGAAUGCUUGACUUUUGACCAGCUUGCUCUUAGAGCUCCUCUUGGGCAGAACACGUUUCGUUUCAUUUGUGUGCUCGCUGGUUUAGCCAUAGUCAACUUCUCCGCCAGAACCGCCAUCGACUGCAGCAUCCCCAUCGGCUUCCCUGAUGUUUACGCUGGAGGUCUCGAUGCCUCCAUCUAA